AUGCUGCCCCCCCGUUCGCUUCCAUCCAUGGACGAUUUUCUUGUGGAAGGGCUGAGUGAAGUGGAACCCGCAUACGGAACGUUUGAAGCUGAAGGGCGCAUGUAUGCAGGGCAGCUUCCAAUGGUGUGGCUCAAUGGAGGUCCGGGUUGUUCCUCAUUCAAUUGCGGUGUGAUGUUUGAAAAUAGCCCAGUUACUGUUCCUUUGCGACCGGCUGGGUAUGCCCGCACCUCAGCCCGCGAGCCCUUUGAAUACAAUGAGAAUGCUUGGACAAAAGCUACAGCAAUGCUGUAUGUGGAACAACCCGUUGGCGUUGGUUUCUCAACUGGGGGCCCUGACCCUGAAAAGGAAGCAGAUUUGGCGGGGGAUUUUUACAUCUUCUUGCAAAACUUCUUUCAAGUGUUUGACACCUACCAGUCGUCCAAGCUGUUCAUAGUCGGGGAGAGCUACGCUGGUUACUUUGCGCCUUCGAUUGCUUACAAGAUCUUCAAGGAGCAGAAGAAGCUGGAUGACACCAGUGACAUUGCCAUCAACUUGGCGGGUGUGGGGCUUGGCAAUGGCUGGGCAAACGCAAUGGUCCAGGGUCCAGCAACAAUUGAUUACGGGUACUGGCACGGCUUGUAUGAUGAGCACACAAGACAGGCUCUACACGCCGAAUGGAACCAUUGCAUCAACAGUCCCAAAGACGAAGAGGAACCAACGCCCUUCCACAAAGUGAAUCCUCCUGACGAUUGUGGAAUGAUGCUUGCACCGUUGAUGGCGGGAGGAAAAGGUGUGUGGGAUGACAACUUGAAUGGCCCGAAUGCCUACGAUGUGACCACAUGGGACGGUUAUCCCGUCAUUUUGGGUGGUAAUAGCUCCAUUGAGAACUUCUUCAACGACCCGAGAGUAAAGGAGAAACUCCACGCCCCUGAGGAUGUUUUCUGGAGGGGCUGCAUCCCAGGCGCUGGCCGCAGGCUUCAGGAAGCCAGGCGCUUUCUAGGUUUGUUGGAGAAUGACCAACCCAUGUCCACCGUGCCAUAUCUAGCUGAGAUGUUAGAUGGGGGCGUUCGAGUGCUUAUUUACAACGGAGACCGGGACCUGAGCACCAAUGCACAAGGGAGUGAGAUGUUGCUGAAUGGAAUGGAGUGGAGCGGGGCGGAGGAAUGGUUCACCACACCGCGAGGCUUGUGGGUAAAUCCAAAGAACUCCAAAGACAAGACACCAGCGGGCUACGCCAAGUCGCUCAAGGGCCUUGAUUUCGUGGUGAUCUACAAUAGCGGGCACCUCGUGCCUUACAAUCAGCCCGAGAACGCUCUUGACCUGAUCACGAGGUUCAUCAAAAACGAAAGCUACUACGAUCGCCCUCUUCCCAGCUUUGACUUCUACCACAAGACACGCAACCCGGGCACGACUCUGGCCAAUGGAAUGUACCCGUUGAUGCCACCGGACAACAGUCAAUCGAAAAAUAAUCACCAUGGCCUUAACGUGGCCUUGACAGCGAUCAGUUCUUUUGUCGCUGGAGCAGCAGUCACCAGCUUCUUCAUGGGUCCACGAGGUGGAUACCAGAAGUUGUAG